AAAAGAAGCCUUUGCCUUCCAAUCUUAGUCGUACCUCUCCAACUGCGAUAAGCUGUCUCGCAACCUUACUGAAGGAGCCUGUGGUUAAAGCAUUCUUUGUCCACUCUAAUGGAGUUAGGUUGCUCGUUCCUUUUAUAAACCCACCUUUCAUUCAACCCUCAAUUCAGGUAAACUUAAAUUCAAUAUAUAUACAAUAAUGAUUUGGAUAUUAUCUACACAAGCAUUUGACUUGAGUUUAAUUAUACUACUUUGAAACAGCUUGUGUAUGAAACAUGCUUUUGUGUGUGGCUUUUAUCUUACUAUGAACCCGCCAUUCAGCACUUGGCUACCUCUAAAGCUCUUCCUCGACUCAUGGAUGUUGCGAAGAACUCCACAGCGGAAAAGGUUGUUAGAAUUGUCAUCCUGACUUUUGAAAACAUGCUCCCCAAAGGGAUAUUUGAUUCACAAAUGAUAGAACUUGAUUUAUCAGAACUUGUUCGAAGUUUAAAAUUACAAACAUGGAGUGAUGAGGAUCUAUUAUAUGCUUUAAAUAGACUAGAGGAGAAUUUAAAUAAGAUAAAAGCUUUAAAAUCUUUUGAUAUUUACAAAAAAGAAGUUCUCAUUGGUCGUCUUGAUUGGUCUCCUAUUCGAAAAGAUUCUACAUUUUGGUCUAAUAAUAUUGCGCAAUUUGAAGAGAACAACUUUCAGGUAUGUUCUUGGUUUAAUUUUUUUCGUAAAGAUACUCGAUCGAUCAAUUACUCAAAUAACAACCUUAUUAUGCAGAUUUUAAGAGUCCUGAUUACAAUUUUGGACACAUCGUGUGAUCCAAGAGCUUUGGCUGUUGCUUGCUUCGAUCUGGCACAGUUCAUCAAGCACCAUAUAGACGGUCGAUUCAUAGUGACGAAGCUCAAUGCCAAGGAACGAGUGAUGAAGUUGUUGGACCACAAGAAUGACGAAGUUACCAAAAAUGCAUUAGUAUGCACUCAGAGGCUAUUACUUAGCCCCAAGUAUGCUAACUGUUGCUAG